ACAGACAGCCGGGCAUGCGCGCGCAGUCCCGAGCCUCGCCGAGCACAGCCGUUGGUUCUCCGCCGCUUUUGGGCGGGCGGAAGCGGAAGUGUGUGCGCGUGUUCUCAUUUCCGUCGAGUGGGCGCGCGGCUUGAUUCGUUCUGCCCGGGUGACUCGGCCGCCGCCGCCGGGAAAUGGCGGGACUUACUCCUAUGGAGAAGAAACUGGCUGAAUACAAAUGUAACACAAACGAAGCAAUUCAGCUAAAACUAGUUCGCUUUCCUGAGGAUUUGGAGGAUGACAACACAACAUUUAAUCCAGAGUAUAGCCAUCAAGUGUUUGGUGAUGAUGAAGUUGCCUUUGGCUACAAGGGACUGAAGAUUCUCUUAUACUAUAUUGCUGGUAACCUGUCAACUCUCUUCCGCAUUGAAUAUACAUCUAAAGUUAAUGAGAAGUUUGACUGUGUGGAGGCAGAUGAUGUUGAAAGUAAAAUUAGAGAAAUUAUUCCUCCUGGCUUUUGUACAAAUACAGAUGACUUUGUCUCUCUGUUGGAAAAGGAGGUCAACUUUAAGCCCUUUGGAAUGCUGCUACACACAUAUUCUGUUCAUAAUGAGGAAGCUGGUGAAGACAUUGCAUAUCAGAUAUAUAAGGCUGACAUGACGUGUCCAGGCUUUCGAGAAUAUCAUGAAAGGCUUCAGACAUUCUUGAUGUGGUUUAUUGAAACUGCUAGCUUUAUUGAUGUAGAUGAUGAAAGAUGGAACUACUUUAUAGUAUUUGAGAAGUAUAAUAAGGAUGGAGCUACGCUCUUUGCGACCGUGGGCUACAUGACAGUCUAUAAUUACUAUGUGUACCCAGACAAAACCCGGCCACGUGUAAGCCAGAUGCUGAUCUUGCCACCAUUCCAAGGAGAAGGCCAUGGUGCUCAGCUUCUCGAAACAGUUCAUAGAUACUAUAUGUCUUCUCCUACAGUACUUGAUAUUACAGCUGAAGAUCCAUCUGAAAACUACAUAAAGCUAAGAGACUUUGUUCUUGUAAAGCUCUGUCAAGACUUGCUUUGCUUUUCCCCAGGAAAGUUAAUGCAAGGCUUCAGCCAAGAAAUGGUAAUGGAAGCUCAACAGAAGCUGAAAAUAAAUAAGCAACACACAAGGAGAGUUUAUGAAAUUCUCCGAUUGCGUGCAACAGAUAUGGGUGAUGCAGAACAAUCCAGAAGCUACCGGUUGGAUGUUAAAAGAAGGCUGAUUGGCCCCUAUAAGAAAAAGCAGAGAGAACUUGCCAAGAUGAGAAGGUGCUUAAGACCAGAGGAGCUGACAAAUCAGUUGAACCAAAUAGACCUAAACAUGCAACAUGAACAGUUAGAAGAGAGCUUCCAGCAACUUGUUUCGGAUUACCGAAGAGUCCUAGAACGACUUGCACAAGCAUGAGGAUUUGACCUGUACAGGAAACUUGCAGAUUUCUGCACAGUGUUAUGAAGCACAUCCUUAAUUGCCACUUAACUGCAACAACAACAAAAAAAAACCUUGUGACGUUUUAAUCACAUUAAGGGUGCAUUGUGUUUCUGUGAAUUUUGAAUAUUUUCUAUUUUAGUGCUGUAGAUUUAAAAAUGUUGUUCUUCGAGUUUGGGAGCGCUUAAUGCUGAAAUAAACUGUAGAUUCUCAGAUACAA